AUGACGAUCGAGAAAGGAAACAUUGAAGAAGAUGUGACAUUAGUAUCUCAAGCAGAUGCUAGAGAAGUAGUUGAGGGAAAAGUUUUCCACAACAAGGAAAUAUUAAAAAUGAGCUUGGUCUUCUAUGUCAUACAAAACAAGUUUGAAUACAACGUGUUGAGAUCGGACAAGAAAGAGUACAUAAUAAAGUGUUCGCAUAACGAUUGCAAAUGGAUAUUUAGAUCAUCACGCUUGGGAGAAACGAAAAUGUUUAAAAUCAGGAAAAUGUGUAAUGGUCACACAUGCUCCAUGAACAUUGUCUUAGGAUCUCAUCGACAAGCAUCUAGCUUAAUUGUAUCCAACUGCAUCAAGUACAAAUAUACUUCUUCACGUACAAUCUAUACCCCUAAUGACAUGUUAAAUAAAUAUGGAGUAUCGAUGAACUACAUGAAGGCAUGGAGGUCACAUAAAAAGACAUUAAAAUUGACUAGAGGUGAUUUGACGACAUCAUUUCAAUUGCUGCCUUUUUAUUUCUUUAUGCUAAAACAGAUGAACAUAGGGACAGUCACAAGAAUAGAAACGGAUCAUUUAGAUAGAUUUAAAUAUUGUUUUAUGGCUUUAGGUGUAUCAAUCGCCGGUUGUAAAUAUUGUAGGCCAAUCAUUGUAGUUGAUGGUACAUAUUUAAAUGGUCACUAUAGGGGUACACUCUUUACGGCUUGUACACAAGAUGCAAACAACAAUAUCUUCAUACUAGCUUUUGGGAUUGGGGAUAAUGAAAACAAUAAGUCAUGGAGAUGGUUUCUUGAGAUGUUGAAGAGGGCAUACGGAUCUAGAGACGGAUUAUGUAUAGUAUCCGAUAGACACAGUAGCAUAAGAAAUGCCAUUGAAUUUGUAUAUUCAGAAGCAAUGCAUGGGAUUUUUUCAUACCAUUUGCUGAAAAAUUUGAAGACUCAUUGUGCAAAAUCAGGUCACAAUGUCACACAUGCAUUCAAUUCUGCUAUAAGAGCUUAUACAUUGAAUGUUGGAUAUGAAAAAUGGUCAAGAUUGCACAUGCCAACCAAUAGAUACUCUACUAUGACAUCAAAUAUAGUAGAAUCUGUUAACGCAGUCGCGAAGGUGGCAAAAAAUUACCCCAUUAGAGCACUUCUAGAAUCAUUGAGUUGUAGAAUGUUUCAAGUGGAUCAACUUCCCUGUCCACAUGCAUUGACAGUAAUAGCAACAUUGAAGCGGAAUGUGUAUGACUUUUGCUCGGUGUAUUACACAAGAUAUGCAUAUCUGAAUACCUACAAAGAGACUGUCUUUCCUAUUGGUAAUAAAACAGAAUGGAAUUUGCCAGAAGAUGUGAGUAAUAGAGUUGUUUUGGCUCCAGACCAAAAGAGAAGUUCUGGACGGCCUACUGAGAAAAGAAAGAAAUCAGCAUAUGAGAGAUCACAAGUUGUGAAAUGUGGAAGAUUCGGUGAAUCCAGUCACAAUCGUCAAACAUGCAGGAACAUGAUGUCAUUUAACUAG